GGUUAACCAAAAUCAAAUUAAAAAAACCGGUUUUUAACCGGUUAACCAAAACCAAAGCCAAAUUAAAAGAAAACCUAAUUUCAAAGCCUAAUUUCAAAAAUCACUUCGCCUCUUCGAACUCACUCUUCGCCGCUUCUCCUAUGUACGCCGCCGACUACCGUCAACAAUUCUUCACCUCUGCUUCUCGCCGGUGGUUCGUCGGACCUCUGCCUCUUCGAGACUUCACUUUGAUUCGCGACUCUGUCUCUCUGCCUCGACCUCCCAUUCUUGCCACCGUAGUAUCUCUCUUUUUCGGUUCUCUUCUUCUUUCGUCAGUGGCUUGCCGGAACUCAACAUUUCAGAUUUUAAAGUCUCUCAAUAUUGAACUCUUCAUCUCAAUGGAUCCUGCUGCACAUCGCCUAGCCCAGAAGCACAAGUGGGUAGGUUUGAUGCAGAAUAUGCCCGGGAAAAAAUGAUAUCAAUGUUUGUUUGUGAGGAGCUUCCUUUUUUAUUGUAGAAAGUCAAGGUUUUAAAUAAUAUU